AUGGACUCCAAAUUAACUCUAGGGUUUAACCGUACACAAAUCGCCGACGAUUCAAUCUCUCUUCAACUCGACUCCAGCCUCCGAGACCACCCAACUGCAAACCCAGUCCCACCUGUCCCUCUCCAAUUAUUCGAGCCACUGGCCGAGACUCGCUACAGUAACCACCAAAACGGCGAGAAAGAAGAAGAGGACGAUGACAGAGAUGUCGAAGAGUUUAGGAUAUUAGGGCACUCUUUGUGUUUGAAACGCCGAAGAGGUAGCGAUUCUUUGAUGAGCAGCAAAAGAGUGGUAGCCUCCUCUUGUAAUGGAUUGGAUGUCGGAGAGGGGAUGAGGAAUGUUGUCAAAUCAUGGGGGAACCAGCCGCUAAGCACGGCGGAUUCAGAAAUUUUUGAGAUAAUGGAGAAAGAGAAACAAAGGCAGUUCAAGGGGAUUGAAUUGAUUGCGUCUGAGAAUUUUGUAUGUAGGGCGGUAAUGGAGGCUCUUGGAAGUCAUUUAACUAAUAAGUAUUCGGAAGGAAUGCCUGGAGCGCGAUAUUAUGGUGGGAAUCAGUACAUUGAUGAGAUUGAACUUUUGUGUUGUAAGAGAGCAUUGGACGCUUUUGAUUUGGAUUCUGAGAAGUGGGGAGUAAAUGUGCAGCUGUAUUCAUGUACUACGGCAAAUUUUGCCGUGUAUAAUGCGUUGUUGUUGCCGGGGGAUAGGAUUAUGGGGUUGGACACAGCAUCUGGAGGGAAUACGAGUCAUGGCUAUUAUACUUCUCAUGGACGGAAGGUUUCCGGUGCAUCUAUUUUCUUCGAAAGUUUGCCUUAUAAGGUCAAUCCUCAAACUGGGUAUAUUGAUUUUGAUAAGUUGGAGGAGAGGGCACUUGAUUUUAGGCCAAAAAUACUAAUUUCUGGUGGGAGCUCGUAUCCAAGGGAGUGGGGUUAUGCGAGGUUAAGGCAUAUUGCUGAUAAGUGUGGUGCUGUGCUUAUGUGUGAUAUGGCGCAGAUUAGUGGUCUUGUUGCUGCUAAGGAAUGUGUAAAUCCCUUUGAUUACUGUGACAUUGUUACCUCAACAACUCAUAAAAAUCUUCGAGGUCCAAGGGGAGGCAUCAUUUUCUACAGGAAGGGUACAAAACCAAGUAAAAGGGGGAUCCAUCCAGGUCAAGGAGACGAAAGCGAUCAAUAUGACUUUGAGGAAAAGAUUAAUUUUGCUGUUUUUCCAUCAUUGCAAGGUGGACCACACAAUAACCACAUUGCUGCUCUUGCCAUAGCUUUUAGACAAGUGGCUACCCCUGAGUACAAGGCAUAUAUACAACAGGUGAAGAAAAAUGCACAGGCUUUAGCAGCUGCUUUGCUGAGAAGAAAAUGCAGGCUAGUAACUGGAGGGACCGAUAACCAUUUACUACUCUGGGAUCUCAUGCCUCUCGGAUUAACAGGUAAAGCUUAUGAAAAGGUCUGUGAAUUGUGCCACAUUUCUGUAAAUAAAAUUGCUAUUUUGGGCGACAACGGCACUGUUACUCCUGGAGGUGUAAGGAUUGGUACUCCUGCCAUGACCUCAAGAGGUUGCCUGGAAUCUGAUUUUGAGAUAAUUGCUGAUUUUCUCCUGAAAGCUGCACAUAUUGCGUUUAUGGUGCAGCGUGAUCAUGGGAAGCUGCAGAAGGCUUUCAUGAACGGUCUGCAGACCAAUAAAGAAAUUAUAGAGCUCCAGAAGCAAGUUGAAAUGUUUGCAACUCAGUUCGCAAUGCCAGGUUUUGACAUGUGA